CAUGUAGAAUAUGUGGAAAAGAGUAUAUAUCUAGUUCAGCAUUGAACAAUCAUUUCCGACUUCAGUAUAAAUGUUGUGAAAACAAACAAUGUUUGUACAGUGUUUCUUCAGAUACUCCCAUGAGUAAAAGUACAAAAUCAUAUAAAUGCUCUAUGUGUGAGAAACAGUUUUCCCAUGAUUCAAAUUUAUAUGCCCACUUGAAAAUACAUGACUGGUGUCAAAACGUUAAAUCAUCAACUAAUAUUGACAACAUACUGACACUACCAGCAACUUCUAUCACAACAAGCACGGCUCAACAAACAUGUUCUAUCGUUCCUAACACAACACUUACGUCAACUACUGUAAUCGCCAAUACGAUACAAAGGUCUACUGGCAUUGCUAAAACGGCAACACCAUCAGCUUUUGUUGAGAGCAACACAUCCGAACCGUCUACCACUAGCUCCAACGGUAUCCUUAAAUCAAUUUCUGUUAUCAACAGCACGAAUUUUACAACUUCUGAUUUCAUCAACAUACCUGAACUUCCAACAGUUGGAUCUAUUGCAACUCCAGAAAACAUCUUCGAUCACAAGACAAUGCAGUGCUUACCUCUAUUUGACUCUAAAAUCAUGUCAGCAACUCAGGAAAACUUUGUCGACCACGAUACAACACGUUGUUUACCUCCUGUUGACUCUAAAAUCAGGUCAGCAACUCCGGAAAACUGUUUCAACCACGAGACAACACAUUGUUUACCUCCAGUUGACCCUAAAAUUAUGUCAGCCUCACUAUCAAACUCUGGUGGCUUUAAUAAGUCACGAACAUCAGCUAAUGUCAACACACAAACAUCAAUUUCUACGCGUUUAAACAAAAAACAUUUAUCUACGUGUAAUUCGUUUGUCUCAACCAUAUCCGCGCUGUCAGCUCCUGUUAGUGCCGUGCCACAUCGACCAAACAUUAAAAAGAGAUCAACACGUGUUGGUAGCAACAUGAAACCGUCAACCUGUGAUCGAUCCAAUAGAACCGUAUCAUCUAAUAGUGGUCGUCGUAAAUCACAUUCCAAAUUGCAUGCCUACACUGAUUUAAAUAAAUGUAAUAAAGGCAAGAAGCUAUACAGUCCUAAGAAUUAUUUAGAACGUCCCUAUAACUGCACGACAUGUGAAGGUCAGUUUAUACGGAAGUACGACUUAGAGAGACAUACGAGGAUGCAUACAGGUGAUAAGCCUUAUGAAUGUAAAGAAUGUGGGAAGCGGUUCCCCGAGAACUAUCGUUUACAAUCUCAUCGCAAGACGCACAAAAUUUCCUAUCAGUCUGAAUGUCCCGUAUGUGGAAAACUGUAUCUCCAACAUUCGACUCUACAAACCCAUAUGAAAAUACAUUACUGGCGUCAAACUAUUUAGGCUUCCCAGAGAGUUUUAGUGCUGAGAAAUAUACAAGAACUACACGGUAAAGAAUGAUGGCUAACAAUGAAACCUGAAAUACUUUUUUUGUUGUACGUCUCAGUUUAGAGAAUCAAUUUUACGAACCAGUAUUUUACGAAGGAUGAUAAUGAACAAACAAAAACUAUAUUUUCUGAGUCGCAAUUUCAAUCUUUUUCAAUCAUGUGUUGCGAGAUUGAUAGUUUGCUUUGAAAAAGUAUGGAAGAUUGUGAUUUGUGUGGGAUAUUGUGAUUUGUGUGGGAGAUUGUGAUUUGUGUGGGAGAUUGUGAUUUGUAUGGGUUAUUGUGAUUUGUGUGGGAGAUUGUGAUUUGUGUGGGAUAUUGUGAUUUGUGUGGGAGAUUGUGAUUUGUGUGGGAGAUUGUGAUUUGUGUGGGAGAUUGUGAUUUGUGAUGGAGAUUGUGAUUUGUGUGGGAUAUUGUGAUUUGUUUUGGAUAUUGUGAUUUGUGUGGGAGAUUGUGAUUUGUAUGGGAGAUUGUGAUUUGUUUGGGAUAUUGUGAUUUGUAUGGGAGAUUGUGAUUUGUGUGGGAUAUUGUGAUUUGUUUGGGAGAUUGUGAUUUGUGUGGGAUAUUGUGAUUUUUGUGGGAUAUUUUGAUUUGUUUUGGAUAUUUUGAUUUGUGUGGGAUAUUGUGAUUUGUGUGGGAGAUUGUGAUUUGUGUGGGAGAUUGUGAUUUGUGUGGGAGAUUGUGAUUUGUUUGGGAUAUUGUGAUUUGUAUGGGAGAUUGUGAUUUGUGUGGGAUAUUGUGAUUUGUGUGGGAUAUUGUGAUUUGUUUGGGAUAUUGUGAUUUGUGUGGGAGAUUGUGAUUUUUGUGUGGGAGAUUGUGAUUUGUGUGGGAGAUUGUGAUUUGUGUGGGAAAUUUUGGGAUAUUGUGAUUUGUGUGGGAUAUUGUGAUUUGUGUGGGAGAUUGUGAUUUGUAUGGGAGAUUGUGAUUUGUAUGGGAGAUUGUGAUUUGUAUGGGAGAUUGUGAUUUGUGUGGGAUAUUGUGAUUUGUGUGGGAUAUUGUGAUUUGU